AUGUUUGAAUGACAGCUUCGUAUGUAUAUCUAAAACAUCUAAUCGCUGGGGCCUGCUUGCAGCCGCUGUUGAUCAGUUCCUCCCAUGCCAGCAUUACUAUCUACCUUUGGUAGUUAAAAAGCAUCCUACCCAUUGUACAACUCCAUGCCAACAGCCAUUGGCCGCUAUGAGACGGCCGUUGACGUGGAUGCCCAGAAUUCAUUGAACCCAUCCUGCGUCCUAAACUCCUUGCCGUGUUCAAGUAAAUACAAAAAAACGAAACAAAACACAAAGCGCUACUCCGUAUGCUGGUAUCCAACAAAUAUGUACAAGAAUCAUAAUCCGACCAUGAUCGAUGCCGCCCCCCAUUCUCGCUAGUGCUACGGUAUGAUACUGCUGCCACUAGCCAAAGCGCUCAGC